CUUCUGGGUUCGGUAUCCUGGGUCGUGUCCGUGAGUGUGGCGAGUACCGAGUUUCCUUUUAUAUAUACACAUACCUCUUUUUCCUUUGAAUGAUUAGGAAUUUAAACAAACAGUUUAUCAAAGGAGGGGGAAAGGAUAUACUCGUAUAAACAGAAAUUGAAAAUAGCCAUUUAAGCAGUGAGCAUUAAAAAGAUAAUAAUAACAAAUAAAAAUAAAAGAACCCACCAUGAACCGCUUAAGUAGCUGGAAACCAUGCCGUGCCUCGGCGGUGAUUCUCCUGGUGGCGACGGUGCUGCCCUUGGUGUGCUCCUUCGUCACUUACACCUUCGUAUCGCUUCCCGACAACUCGAUCGCCCUCGACCAGAACGGCACCUUGGUCGCACUCCUCGUCCUUCUCAAGAUCUUCCUGCUGGGGUCGACCGGAAAACUCCCGGUCAACCUCAACGACCUGUUCUCCAGGUUCCGAGGCAAGCGAGACACGGCGUCCGCGAGUGAAGGGGCUCUUCUAGAGGACCUGCCGUGCAUGGUGCGGAUCCUGUGCGAGAUCGAGACGGCGGCCAGAACGGGAAUGGACGACGCUGCCCCAACCUCGUCCUCGACUCCGGCAGGCUCUGUGGACGCUCGAGGGCAGACGCUGGGCGACGGCGACCGGGUCGAAGGCACGCUGCUCGACGUCGACCACAUCGCCGACUUCCACGACGAGGCGGUCAGGGCGCUCUACGCCGACCAGAGCGACGACCUGAGCGCCCCCAGCCGCGACGCCCUCGCCAAGCUGGCGGGGCUGACGGGCGAGGGAGGUGCGAGGCCGCUUAUGCCCGCUGCCCUGGGCGCCUUUCACCCAAGAUGGCCCUGGGCGUCAUCUUCAAGGAGCUUGGCGUGUCUCCUGGCCAUAAUCAUGGCCACUGGGCCGGCGCAGCAAACAACGUCACCAACAGCAUCGAGAUGUAAGCAGAGAGACGGAGGCAGGGACGGGCGGCGCGACCCAAGAAAAAAAGAGGGAUUGCUGAUGAGGAAGAAAGUGGAAAAACAGCAAAUCAUCAGAAAGUAUAAUAACCAGCAGUAUUUGUUAACCGUGGGCUUGUUACGCAGACUUUCAACACUAUAUUCAUAG